AGUCGCACCGCUCUCACUUCCUGUCAAACGUCUUGAUGUGAUUUUGGAGCGCGGGAAAGAUCGCGGGUAGAGAAGUGGUGACACGGCUCGCGUGUAAUGAACAUGUGUGUGUGUGUGUGUGCACAGUGUCAGCAGGUUAACAUGGAUGUAAACAGUGUUUACAGGACAGCGGGGAAAUAAGCUAACGAGUGACUUCCUCUGUCGAACCUCAGAAACAUCCGUGGGAGGAGGAGAAACAUGGCGAAGUCCCGAGUGGAGUACACCAUCGGAGGGGUGAAGAUCCACUUCCCCUGCAAGGCCUACCCAUCCCAGCUGGCCAUGAUGAACUCAAUCGUCCGAGGGCUGAACUAUGGGCAUCACUGUUUGCUGGAGAGUCCCACAGGAAGUGGAAAAAGCUUAGCCUUGCUCUGCUCUGCUCUGGGCUGGCAGCAGGCUCAGUUUGCUAAACUGCACGAAGGAGGAAGCCCAGCGGAAGUGAAGAAGCAGUCAGAUAAAAACCCUGAAGCCUUUAAGAAGCCAGACGUCAAGACCCACUGUCAGUGUGCGUGCCACAGCAAAGCUGGACGGGUGGCGGCUGCAGGAGAAGUCAAACCUGCUGUCGUGGACCUCACUGUGUCACCACAUAAAGACCAAAGCAUCACACAGCAGCUGUCUCCGACACCUGAACGUUCGCUGUUACAAGAGGAGUCACAAUCCAUAGCCUCUCGCCUGUCUGAGAAGGUCAAGUCUUCCCUGAGCACCGAAGGCAACAAAGACGACGACUUCCAGCCGGACAGGAAACGCAUGCGGGCUGCUGAGCUCCAGAGCCGGAAGAGGAAGCGUCUGGAGCAGGGAGUGAUAUUCAUCGAUGAUGAGCCGGAGCAAGAAAACCAACCUCCGGGUCCGAGUUGGGCCACAGAGCCAAGCAGCCCCCUGACCGGUUUACCCUCAUCAUGCACUGGUAAGUCGUGCAGCUAUUACCAUGGUGUCCAGAGGAUGCGGGACCAGUACACUCUGCAACAUGUCCACGGGCUGCAUGAAGCCUGGGACAUCGAGGACCUGGUGGCACUGGGCAAACGGCUCCGCUCAUGCUCUUACUAUGCUGCCCGUGAACUCAGGCAGGGUGCCUCCAUCAUCUUCUGCCCAUAUAACUACCUGCUGGACCCAAUGAUCAGAGAGAGUAUGGAGAUCGACCUGGCAGGCCAGAUCUUGGUGCUGGAUGAAGCCCACAACAUUGAAGACUGUGCAAGGGAGAGUGCCAGCUUCACGUUAGACCUCAACAGUCUGCUGACGUCCAGGGAUGAGCUGGACAGCAUGGUCAAAAACAAAAUCAGAUCCUCCAAACACGAACCCCUCAGAGACUUCUGCUUCACUCUAUCCAACUGGAUCCAGGAGAGUCAAAGCCUGAUGAGUGAAAGAGGAUAUGAGACUGCAAGUAAAGUCUGGAGUGGGAAGAAUGUACUGGACAUCUUUGACACGCUGGGUAUCACUGCAGGGACCUUUGCUCUUCUGAAGACAAACCUGGCAGCCGUGCUGGAGAAGGAGGAGAUUAUUGGUUUCGUGAAUGGUAAAGAGGACACGGUGCCAAUCCCAAUCAUCAGCUCAGCUUCCUCCGCUGUCCUCAAAAACCUCUUCAUGGUCCUGGAUUUCAUGUUUAGGGACAACUGCAGGUUUGCUGAAGACUACCGGGUAGCCCUGCAGAGGAGCUACUCUUGGACCAAUCAGGUUCCGGCCGAUGUUCCUGAUGCCCAGGGUUUUUUUGUACGACCACGCUACAGACAACGCCAGAGUGUCCGUGUCAAGAAGGAAGUGUUGACACUCAGCUUCUGGUGCCUCAACCCAGCUGUGGCUUUCUCUGACUUGAGUGGGUCGGUGCACUGCAUUGUGCUGACAUCAGGAACCCUGUCGCCCAUGAGCUCCUUCUCCUCUGAACUUGGGGUGAAAUUCUCCAUCCAGCUGGAAGCCAAUCAUGUUAUCAACAAGUCCCAGGUUUGGGUGGGCACUGUUGGUGCAGGACCCCAAGGCAGAAAACUCUGUGCCACCUUCCAACACACUGAAACAUAUUCGUUCCAGGACGAGGUGGGGGCCCUGCUGCUCCAUGUGUGCCAGGUCAUGGCCAAGGGUGUGCUCUGCUUCCUGCCUUCUUACAAGAUGUUGGACAAGCUGCGGGACCGGUGGACCAACACUGGUCUCUGGGAGAAGAUGGAACAACAGAAAACUGUGAUCACUGAGCCCCGCGGUGGUGGCAAGGAGGAUUUUGACGAACUGCUUCAGACCUACUACGAUGCCAUUAAGUUCUGUGACGGAGGAGGUCAAACUGAUGGUGCGUUGCUGAUUGCUGUGUGUAGGGGUAAAGUGAGCGAAGGACUGGACUUCACAGACGACAACGCCAGGGCAGUGGUCACCAUCGGAAUUCCCUUCCCAAACAUCAAAGACCUCCAGGUUGAACUGAAGAUGAAGUACAAUGACCAGCACAGGUCCAGAGGUCUCCUUCCAGGGAAUCGCUGGUACGAGAUUCAGGCCUACAGAGCUCUCAACCAGGCCCUGGGAAGGUGUAUUCGCCACAGGAAUGACUGGGGCGCCCUAAUUCUCGUGGACGACCGUUACAAGAACAAUCCUAAUAAAUACAUCACAGGUCUGUCUAAAUGGGUUCGCCAGCUCGUGCAGCAUCAUGACACCUUCAGCAAUGCUAUGCAGUCUCUGGUAGAAUUCUCUCAGGUGCAGCAGAAAGUGGAGGCAGCCCCUGCAGACAGCCAGACCGUGUGCUCCACGGCCUCACCUCCAAACUGUUGCUCUCCGGCAACUGUAGAGGGACAGGAGCCGCUCAGGGCCGCACUACCUCAGACACCCCACUCAUGUGUCAAACUGCCUGAAUCAAGCCCCGCCACCUUCCGUCCGUUUUCAUGUGAAAAGCUGAAAACUGAACAAAAUGAAAAAGCAGAACGGUUGAAGACUACGCACAGUUUCCCAGCAGAGUCGCUCGCACCCAGAAGAAAGGCUAAGUCUCUCUACCACAUUUUCACCUCCAGCCCCGUCAGCACCCGCUUCAAGAGGGCCAUUUUUAAAGAGAAGCCACCCAGUAAUGUCAGCCAGCACCUGGAGGUACCUAAUCAUUCUGAUCACAAGGAGAACCAGGAGAUCUCCUCUCCACAGAAGAACACUGAAGUGCCUCCUUGUCUUGAACAAGCGGCUGCAGACACUUCCAGUGAAGUCAAAGCGGAACCACUCAGUCUGGCUCUCGGGCCGUCUACAGGAGCAGUCCCUCCCAGCUGUGAAAGUGAGGCAGAUGAUCCAGCUGAAGAAGAAACAGAUGAGGACCAGACCAUCUUCUUUACUCCAGAACUUUUUGAGGAUGAAGAAGACGAGGGCAACACAAAGGAGACGGGGACGGAGUCGCCUGCCGGGGUGGGUUCGGGGCCAGGGAACUCUCCCCUGCUGUCAGAAGAACUUUUUAGCUCUGAGCAGGCCCAAGGGCAAGCCUCUGCUUUUGAUGGACAGGGUGCUAUUUCAGUCAGUAAGGAGCGCACAGAGCUGUCACAGGGACGUGCAGAAGAAACCAGGGGACAGAAACAAGGUGAGGAGGGAGAGAAGGUGGGUAACCUAAGCAGGCAGGCAUGCGGUAAGCUCCGCAGGCUGUCCAGGUCCAGACACAAGGUCCCUGCCACCCCAACAGGUAACUAACAAUCUGGACACAAGGGAUUGUGGUAAAUAAGCAGAAUAUAUAAAUGUUUCCUCACUACAUAUAUGUUAUACAGACUGCUACAGACUUCACUAUGUAAUGUAAACUCUCUGACUUUAUUCAUGCUGCUGCUGCUGCAUACAUUACAUAGUUCUUUCCAAAAUGAUUGUUUCACUGUUGAUCUUUUAAAAAUCACCAAGAACGCUGUACCUGCCUCAGGCAACGAGCUCGCUCACUGUAACUGUGUGAGGAGAAAAAUGAUGAGGCUUCAGCAGGCUCCCAUCUGGAUGUAGCUUCUCAUUCAGUGUGACAGAGCAUCACACUGAGGCCAUUAAGGCCUGUUCUCAACUAACCACCAUUACUUAAGCUGCAGCACUGAUUGAAUAUGAAUCUUAACAAAUCAUUAAAAUACAAAACCGUGUACAUCAUCUGCAAAAAGCAUUUAGUUCUGUUUUAAUGAUGUUGAGGCACGUUACAUCUGACAUGCCUGAUUGAACCUAUAGCACAGGCUUUUGUCUGUUCACUUUCAGUUCUAAUUGUGUAGUUAUGUGCUGUAAAUUCAAGUGGGAUUAGUGUGUGGGUCCGUCAGUCUAAUAAUUCAUGUCAAGUCUGUUAAGAUGCAAUAAAAUUAAAUAUUAGUUUU